UCCUCCUUGUCGCAACCACCUCCGCGACGCUCCUCCUCAUUCUUUUCCAUCCCCAGCAUCGGAUCACCGACAUACCCCACCAUGUCAGACACAGCAGAGGACACUGAGGUCACCACCAAGGACUUAGAGGAGAAGAAGGAAGUUGUGGACGAGGCAGAGAAUGGAAGAGACGCUCCUGCUACUGGGAACGCUAAUGAGGAAAAUGGGGAGCAGGAGGCUGACAAUGAGGUCGAUGAAGAAGAGGAAGAAGGUGAUGGUAAAGAAGAGGAUGGAGAUGAAGAGGAGGAAGCGGAGGCCACCACCGGCAAAAGGGCAGCUGAAGAUGAUGAGGAUGAGGAUGUUGACACCAAGAAGCGGAAGACUCAGGAUGACUAG